AAAUUAUUUUGUGUUUAUUAUUUGUAGUUGCGCACGUUUUUGGUUCGUUUUAUACGAAAACUGUUUUUAAAUUUAAUAUAUAGAAACAAUAUGAGUACACAACGUGGUAAUGCAUCACGAACGCGUGCACAAAAAUAUAAAAAUCGUACAGCUUUCAAGAAUGAUUUGCACGACAAAACUCCACAACAGAAAAAACUAAAUACACUGCAUGUAUCAGAAGUUUGCCAGCAUUGUAAAAGUGUUAUUGAAUGGAAAAUUAAAUAUAAAAAAUAUAAACCAUUAACACAACCCAAGACAUGUACACGUUGUCAACAACGCAAUGUACGCAAAGCCUACCAUGUACUCUGCAGGGACUGUGCUUUGGAAACACGCGUCUGUGCUAAAUGUUUAGAAAGUGCAGAACGUGUGGAUAUAGAACCACCACAACCAACACCAGAGGAAGAGGUUAAACUAAAAGUUGAAAUGGAACGACUUAUUAAAUCAUUCCCAGAACGAAAACGUCGUGCAUUUUUGCGUUAUAUGGAAAAAGGUAAAAAAGAUGAAAACUUGGUGGAAAAUGUUGAAGCUCCAUCGGAUGAUGAAAAUUGUGAGAAGACAGUAAAAGCCAAACAACGAAUACCGCGUACACGUGAUGAACUGCUGACUAAAAUUGAGCAACUCAAACUUAAAGAAGAUGAUUAUGAUGAUGAAGAUGAUGAUGAUGAUGACGAUGACGAUGAUUUAGAUUCGGAAGCAUAUGAUGAAAGCAGUGAAGAAGGCGAGAACGACUGAUAGUAGAAAGUUUUUAAGUUUUGUAUUUAAAACGUAACCAAAUAACGUGUAGCAUACAGAUUUUAUUAAACAAUAAUUAAACUAUGAGGA